AUGUCUCUGUUGAAUGGGAGUUACACCUCACAAGAUUUACUCGACAGGAACAUAUCCAGUUUAAACCCAAAGUCGUCACUCUUCCAACAACCGUCGGGUGUUACCAUCUCUCUGACGGAGCCAUUGAUGACAUUUUCGACGACAAACACGCGAAUGUUAUUUGUCACUCUUCAAUUGUUGAUAUCAAAAGAUAGAAAAGACAGUCAAGACCAAUUGGCAACACUUUGGGCAGACAAGGAUGGGUUUAAAAUAGUAGUUGAAGAGAGAGGAGUGUUUCAGUGUAUUGUCAUGUUGAUGCCGGAUCUUUUUAAUAUUGCCUAUGACAUCCCAUCUGAAGUCCCUGAAAUAGUCACACACAUCCCUUUAAAACUUUUUGUCUCCUUCUUCGAAUUAGUCCAAGUCAGCGACCAAGACAAUUUGGAUAUCUUCAUCUUCCCUUCCGGUCAUGUCUUACUUCACAUGAAAGCAAAGACUUUGACUUCGAAGAUGAAAAUCCCUAACUGCUCCCCCCAUGGCUCUCGGGGAGAAACUUUUGACUUGAACACACAUCCAACCGCUCUCUAUUUCAAAUGCUCUCCUCAAACAUUAUUACCUUCUUUUAAAUCAUUCGAAUGGAAUCAUCAAUAUAUUACUUUAACUGCUAAGGUCGCUGACAACACUCUCACAAUAGCUUCGAGUGCACAAGGAGACUCCGUAACAACCGUCUAUUCAAAGGAGUGUUUCGAUGAGUUUGAGUGCAACAACACAUUUACUGCCCGGUAUCGCAUGGGGUACUUUAAACGAAUCAAAAAGGUACUUGAGAAGUCGAAGCAAGUGGUCAUGAUAAUUAACAGCAACAAAUUGUUGUAUAUCGAAUUUAUUAUCGAGCCAGAGGCAAAUAAGACCAACGCGCCGUCGUCUGAGAUUGCGUUCUAUAUCUCCGCACAGAUUGAUGAUGUAGACGGAUCAGCUAUUGCAGACAAUAACGGUAACGAAAAUCAGAACGAAAGCGACGAGGAAAAGAACGACGAGAAUAAAAAUAAGAUGGAAGAGGACGUCGAGGUCGUCAAAAAGGAAGAAGAGAGGGACGACGAAAAAACACUCAUCGACAAUUACAGACUUUAUGACGACUAA